AUGCUGCAACAUUCUUCACAUAUUCCUUUUAACGAAUUUUUUAUUUGUAAAUGUGGAUCAGAUAAAAUGAAUUGGCAAAAAGAAGCGUAUCGACGAGAGUUUCAACCUCAUCUAUGGUAUUAUGAUAAACGUCAUCAGAGAUUUUCUUGUCCAUUUCGACGCAGAUGUGAUUAUUUUAAGCUUCUUCAAUCUGUCAACAAAUCUCUUCCAAAGAACGAACGUUUAAUCAACAUGAAUAAGAAAGGUUCUUUGAUGAAAAUUAAAAAGAUAUUUCGCACUAUAAAAUUAGAUUACGAUAUAUAUCUUUGGGUUAAAAAUCUUAAUGACACGACAUCCUCCAUUUAUAAACAGGAGAGUGAAUUACUUCAAAAUUUCAAGAAAUCUAUCUUUAAACGAGCAAAAAAAAAGAAAAUAAAUAUAUCCGAAAUUAAACCGAUUGUCGAAUCGCGUUUAACAGUUCUUAAUCGAUCUCUAGAAUAUCAUCCCCAAUCUCCAAAUUUCUGUUCACGAAUGAUAUCGAUCGUGUUAAUACGAAACACCAAUACGUCUACGGUCUUAAUGGUGGAUCUUGUUGGAAUUGUUACAAUUCUUAUUCGCAUAAAUGUUGUGCGGCAUAAUGGUACACCUACUCAAUUCAAAAAAUGUAAAUUCUAUACAUCAGAUAUUAAUAAUAUUGAACAUGAAUGUUUGGGUGUUGUAGAUAAUGAUGAAUUUGUGACGUUAUUUAAAAAUGAACAAGAUGUUCAAAAUUUUUCUCUUACUUCUACAAAUUUUAAUCAACAUACUUACGAUACUCUAAUUAACUGUUCCAACUCAAGUACAUUUUCUUCACUCAAUAUUUCUCAAAAGGCAUCUAAAUUUUCAAAAGAUGAAGAAAUACGAUCGUUAAUUAAUCAAGAAAUCAAGAAAUUAACGAAAGAAAAAGGAUUUGUUGUAGUUGGACGAGACGUGUCAACCAAUAUUCUUCCUAAUGCUGAAUUUAAAAUUUUGUUAUCAGCUGAUUUUGAGAUGCAUCUUGGUCGACGUGUGAACCAAUUAGAUGAAGAAAAUCCUCAAAAUAUUUUAUAUGAUAUUAUCACACGUGAUAUUGUUUCUAAACCUCUAAUCAAUUGUUCAAAAAAAGUUUCAAAAGAAAUUAACAUGUCGGAUCUUGAAACUUUUGAA